AAAUGGCGGAGGGGAUUCCUUUUUUUGGACAUAGCAGAGAGGGGAAGGUCGUCUAUCGGAUAAUCGUUUGUUGAAAUCGAAAAUUUUAUUCACUAAAUUAUUAGUUAGUGUUUUUAUUUUUUUUUAUCGGUUCCAAUAAAAAUAGCACUUUUUAACGGAUGUACGUGUAUAAUAAUUAAUUUAUCUUGUUAAUUGUAUCAAAUAAUAUAACUUGUACAACAAAUAACAACGUGAUAAUGGCGUACAAUCCAUCAUAUGAAGCGAUCGGCAAAGACUUUGUUCACCAAUAUUAUGCACUUUUUGAUGAUCCUCAUCAAAGACCAUCAUUAUCUAAUUUAUAUAAUGCUGAAUCAUCAUUCAUGACUUUCGAAGGUGUAGGGUUCCAAGGAAGCCAAAAAAUAAUGGAAAAAUUCAAUAGCUUAACGUUUCAGAAGAUCAAUAGAAUAAUCACAGCGAUUGAUUCCCAACCAAUGUUUGAUGGUGGAGUACUUAUUAACGUCCUUGGUCAAUUAAAGACAGAUGAUGAUCCACCACAUAUGUACGUUCAGACUUUUGUUCUGAAACCAUUGGGAACGUCGUUCUUCUGCCAGCAUGAUAUUUUCCGCCUUGGUAUUCAUGAUGUUGCAUAGAGAAGCAGUAAAAAAACUUUAAAAAACAUAAAAUUGAUUUUUUAAAAAAAAUCUAACUCAUUCAACAUAAUAAAGUUCGUCUGUUUUCAUCAAUAUGAAGUCAGCGUCCAAGUUUCAAUCAGCUGAGCUGAUUUCCUAAAUGAAAAAGAACUCAAAAAAACAACGGUCUUGUUCUCCCGUCGUUUUAUUCUUCUUCUCUUGAUAUACUUUAAUUUUGCUUUAUCGUUAUAUUUUUUCCUCAUUAAUUCGUUUCAUAUCUCUUUAGAUAAAGUUUUUAUACGAAUAAAAUAAUAAUAAUAAUAAUAAUAAAAUAAUGCUUAUAAAGUUUACGAAUAAAGCGCAAUUAAAAAAUAGCUUGCAACCUUUAUCAAUUAAAAUAUAAUUUUAAUUGAAAAUUAAAAUUCCUUUUGGAAGAAAGGAUUAACAAUAUUUGUUAAAAAAAAAACCAACCAAAACUUUAGAAUGCCUUUCUGUUCAGAUUAAACUAAAUUUAUGAAAUGUUUUACAAUUUAUUCCAAAUUUUUAUAAGUAAACUGUUUUACAACUCACUUGAUGCUAUGUAUUUUUGUAAUUUAAUGGUUAGAUGUUAAAUAUAAGGCAUGCAAAUUAUUUGUUUGCAUUAUGCUUCGUAUUAAUUAUUAGUAAUAACGAUAAAAAAGUUCAUAGGAGCAAUGAUUAUUCUUAAUCAUGUUGUAACGUACAAUAUUGAUUAAAUUUAUAAAUUUCCGCGUUUUGCUUGCUCCAUUUCAAUAGCUUCGAAUAAUGCUUGGAAAUUUCCAGCACCAAAUCCCUGAAAAAGUGAUAUUUUUAAUGAAGAACAUAUUUUCAUGUACAAAUUAGGAAAAUAAUAAUUUUAAUUAAAACUUUUAUUAAUUAGUUAAUAAAAUAGAAAUUUUCAUGUGUAACUCACAUUGUGAUUCCUACGUUGAAUAACUUCAAUAAAAAGUGUAGGUCUAUCUUCAACGUUUUUUGUAAAAAUUUGAAGAAGAUAUCCAUUUUCAUCAUAAUCAAUGAGAAUUUUAAGCUUUUGAAGAAUAGCCAUGUCUUCAAUCACUUUGGUAUUACUAGAUUGCAGCUUUUUUCUCAACAUAUCAUAAUAACUAUCAGGAACUUGGAGAAAUUCAACACCUCUACUUCGAAGAUUUUCAACAGAGGUGCUGGUUCAUUAAUUGGAAUCUUUACGGUUUCUUCCCAGUUGGUCAUCACAAUUGAACGAAGUGCGGAAAAUUCAGUGUGUAGCUGAGUGUCAUCAACAGACCAGAAUCUGUGAAAUUGAAGAGAUUGUUCAUACCUGGAAAUAAUAACAAAAAUAAUAAUCACAUA